AUGAAUGAAAACUCUCAUGAGAUUGUUGGAGUUGUUUUUAUAAAUCCAGGUCAUGACAAGAUUGGAUUCAUAGAUGCCUCUGUUAUAUCAUUGGUAGGCCACUGCAUUGGAACAUGGCCUAUAAGAUAUUUAUGCAUUGAACCUCUACCUAAUUCAAGCAACAAUUGUAGCAUCUUAAAGUUGCUCAACUCAAAGAUUAAUUACUUUGGUUUAAAAAAACCACUCUUCAUUGGUCACAGGGGUUCUGGAAGAACAUUCUACAAUGGCAAAAAAGUUAAUAACAUCCUUGAAAAUACAUUGGAUUCAUUUAAAAAUGCAUAUGAUAAAGGGAUAAGAAUAAUUGAAUUUGAUGUUGUUCUCACAAAGGAAAACAUCCCAAUUGUUUAUCAUGAUUACACAACGUGCAUUCGAGUGACAGCUGAAUCAAAUUCCAACAUCGUAGAAAAACUUCGAUUGCCGUUGCAAAAUUUGUCAUAUUCAGAUUUGUCAAAAUAUGAUUUUCAACUUUGCAAUGAUCCAGAUGCAACUAAGGAUCCAUCUCUUUAUAAACUUGGCAAUCUCUUUCCUAAACUUGAAAGUGUUUUUCAAUUUCUUCCAGAGGACAUGAUUUUCAACAUAGAAAUCAAAUAUUGCAUGAAAAUGAAAACUGGAAGCUUAGAAGAUGACUUGUGCUAUGUUGAAGAAAGAAACAUCUUUGUCAAUUCCAUUCUUGAGGUUUCAUUCAAAAAUGUUAAGUCUAGGAAAAUUAUGUUUUCAUCAUUUGAUCCAGAUAUCUGCUGUAUGUUGAAAGCUAAACAAUCUUCCUUUCCUGUCAUGUUCCUAACACAGGGUACUGGAAUUUAUAGUGAUUUCAAAGAUGAAAGAACUCUCACAGUUGAUAAAGCCAUUAGUUUUGCAGUGUCUGAAAGUCUCUAUGGUGUUGUUCCUCAUACGAAGCACAUACUAUCCAAUCUUGCAUGCAUAAAAAUGGCUCAUGAAAAGAACUUGCACAUCUUCACUUGGGGCGAUGAUAAUAACGACGUUGAAACAAUUAAAACGUUGAUAGAUAACGAUGUUGAUGGCAUUAUUUUGGACAAUAUUAGUGUUGUUAACAAAUUUAACAUGCAUAAAUUAUGA